CUAAUAUAGUAUUGUUUCUGGGUCAGUAGUAGUAGAACAUGCAGGAGAGUGACGGUCUUAAGUCUCGGCCCCAUCCUAUUCUUGUGCUGCUUCCUUUGAGGAGUGUCAAUUCAUUAACACAUAUUUUAUUGUUAUUUUUUUAUUGUCGUUCUGUUAUUUUCGCGGUGCUUUGCAAUAAAUUCAAAGUCAAGUUUUUUAUUUUCUUCGGUUAAUGUGUCAGUCUUCUCUUUGCAUUGGAUUCUUGUGUAAUUGAAAUUUUGUUUGUUGGUCUCAUUUAAUAUUUGUGUGUUUUCUGAAAACGUUUCUUUAAUGCCUGUUUUAGCAGAGCUUAGGCAAAGUUCUGGGUGAGUCUUAACUAGCAGCCAGACUAGCCAGUGCCAUUAUUAAAGACUUGGUCAAGCUGCAUAUUUCAGCAGACCUUGAGGCAGAAUCGCAGAAGAAAGAAUGUUUUGCAACUAGAGAGAAAAGGAGGUUUGGUUCUUCACAAGCCUAAGGUUCAAGCAGACUUUCUAUUUCCUUUCUCCACUGAGGCAACCUUGAGGUUUUCUCUUUAUGGGUCAUGUGAUUUUGGAACAGAAAAUUUGGUGCUUUGCUGUGGCUGUGGUCCUUGACUGAGAGAGCUUUUUAGCUACAAGCAAUCUCUUCCAAGGGUGGAAGUAUUUUUCGAUGGAUGAGUCAUCUCAGCAAUUUACUGCAACAAUGGAGGCAUUAGGGGAGCCGGCAGAAAUGCCUGAAGAGAGUCAAUCCCCUCCGAGCGAGGGUGUGUUUACAGAUGUUAGUUUGGUUCCUGAGCAUGAGAAGAAGGAACUCGAAGAUGCUGUCUCUAAACUCGAAGGAGAUAUAGCGGAAUUAAGAUCCCAAUUGAGGCAUUUAGAUGGGAAAAGGAGAGAAGCACUAGAUAAGUUAUUAGACCUCAAAGGCAGCAUCAGGGUAUUCUGUCGUGUUCGCCCUUUCUUGCAGAUGGAAAAGAGAAGCAGGCCUGCACCCAUUACUCUUGGACAGGAGAAGGUAAUGAUCCAAGGGAUGAGAAAAAAGAAGGAUUACGUCUUCGACAGAGUAUUUUCUUACGAGGCAUCACAGGAGAAUGUGUUUGCUGAGAUUGAGCCAAUUCUCAGAUCUGCACUUGAUGGUCACAGCGUAUGCAUUUUUGCUUAUGGGCAGACAGGAACUGGCAAGACUUUCACAAUGGAGGGAGCACCAGAUUCUCAUGGCAUAGUUCCACGAGCAAUUAAGGCACUCCUUGAUCAUUCAUCACUCGACAAUGCGGUUGAUUUCAAGUUCUCAUUGAGCAUGGUGGAGGUUUACAUGGGACAUCUGAAGGAUCUACUUGCGCAUAGGCCACCUACAAGAAUGGAUUCUGCGUGUAUGUCUAGAAGCAGUCUUAGCAUGCAAACGGAUUCAAAUGGAUCUGUGGAGAUUGAUGGCCUGAUAGAAAUACCAUUGACGGAUUUCGCACAAGCACAUAAGAAUUAUGUCAUGGGGAGGAAGGCCCGGUCUACUUGUUGGACAAACGUCAAUGAAGCAUCAAGCAGAUCUCACUGCUUAACUCGAUUAACUAUUACUCGCAAUGAGGGAAGUAAAACUAUGCUGAGCAAAUUGUGGAUGGUCGAUCUUGGGGGAAGCGAGCGGCUAUUGAAGACAAGGGCCACAGGGCAGAUUCUUGAUGAAGGGCGGGCCAUAAACUUGUCUCUGUCAGCUCUAGGUGAUGUGAUCUCUGCUUUAAGACGCAAGCGAAAUCACAUUCCAUAUAGGAACAGCAAACUGACACAAAUUCUCAAAGAUUCUCUGGGACAUGAUUCAAAAGCUCUCAUGGUGAUUCACAUAAGCGCAAAGGAGGAUGACAUCUGUGAGACCAUAUGUUCUCUUAACUUUGGGCAACGAGCACGGGGAGUUGAGUGCCAUAAGGAGCUCUCUGAGGAGUUGAGGAAUCUUAGGAGAAAGCAGAUUGCUGAACUAGAUCAACAACUGAAAGAUGCAGAGCAAGACUGCCAAAAUGUCAGAGAUCAUGUCCAGAGACUUGAAUGCACUUUACGAGAAAAGAAAAGGAUACUUUCUGUGACGUAUGGUUUUGAAGUUCAAACUGGGUCUCCAACAAGUCCUUUAACUGCUCCGAAAGAACUUUUUGAAAGUCCUAAAGCAUCUGAGAGAACUACAGCUAGAAUCUCAGCUUCUAUCCCUCGAUUUAUGGCAUCUACUGCUUGCAGCAGACAGAGGCAGCUUGCUGAUAGGGAAGCUAAAGCAACUAAAAUGCAAAGAUCAGGGAUGAAGCACCUCACUGAAAUAGAUUUUCAUCUUUCUAGAUCUCGGACUCUUGUCCAAUCAGACUCUAAUUUUAAGACGAAUUUCCCUACGGGGUUAUUGGUGAGAUCUAGCCUGAAGAAGCUUCGUACUGAAGAAUUAAGUUCUGUGCAAUCAGAUGCCGCAAGCCAUGAUAGCUCAAAAAUUCUAAGGGCGCAACAUAAUAGGAGAUUUUCUGCUUCUCUUUCAAUUUCACAGACAAGGCACCUUUCAGAUCUUAAUAUGCAGAAAAGAAUAUCUGAUAGGCGAAGUUCUUGUGAAGUAUCUCGUUACCCAUUGAAAAAUGCGAGGCUAAUUCGCUCAUCAAUGCCCAGCUGUUUAGAGUUAAUCAAUGGUGCAGGCUGCCAUUCCUUGGCAGAAUCUCAGUGCUAACAAGUAUGAGGUAAUGAAGUGGCAUUGCCUCACUGCAGACCCAUAAGCACAGAAUAAGACAUCAGGAAUGAGUUUAAACUUGAGAAUUUCAUGUACAGUGUCAAAUGAUUAUAGUAAAUUUAUGUCAAUAAUCAUCCAAAUUGAGUAGCUAAACAGGUUAGCAAGCUAACAUGUUUGAGCAAACACAGCAAGGGCAUCAGUUCUGAAAUUUCAGUCUGCUGGUGCAACAAGGCUUAGCCAUGUAAUAUUAUUUUCUCUUACAGAAUGAACUAUGUAAUGUCGUUCUCUUUUACAGAAUGAACAGUUUUUUCUUUCAGCGAGA